AACGCCAACAUUCCAUGGACCUAUACUCGAGGAGUUGGCUCAAGACAGUAGCCCCAUUUCCCAACGAGGCGUUAUGAAGGUGCUUGCGAUUGCUCUAAUCUUCACGCUGGUGUGUGGCGUUAUGGCCACCGCAUCUCUCAAUGAAGACAAAAGUGAAGUCGCCCACUUGAGAGUUCGACGAUGGGGAUUUGGCUGUCCGUUCAACCAGCGCGCGUGCCACCGCCACUGUCGCAGCAUUCGGCGCCGGGCAGGUUACUGCGGCGGCAGGUUCAAGGUGACCUGCAUCUGCGUGCGUCGCUAACGAACUGCGCGAGACAACGACACCAGAUAUAUAUUAAACAAUGGACGUGUGAUGAGCCCAAGCAACUACAGGAGUUCCAUUUAUGCAAGCGUAUUUACCUGCGACAGGUGAAAAGUUGACAACACACUGAGUUUUCAGCUAAAUAUGCACCUGUGGGCAUUGUCA